GUCGCCGGCUACUCCAAGGUUGACAAGAAAUGAUUGAAUAACCACUUGGUAUACGAACUUCAAGUGUGGAUUGAAUGAAAGUGUACUUUAAUUCGGAUUGUGUUUUGAAACGAGUGGAAAAAAAAAACAAUAAGUGAUUUUGGAUAUCUAAGACGAUAGUGAAAGUCUUCUUUGCGAUUCAAGGAUGAUUUGAACAACUGGGUGUGCGCGUGGAAGCGCGAAUGUGCGCCGGAGAUGCGAGCGCCGCGGCGCCUGUCCAGCGCGCUGCUCCUGCCCAUCGCGCUGCUGUCCCUGCCGCGAGUGCAUGCCACCAACGCGACCACGUACAGGGAGGAGCUGGAGUCUUCCCUUCGCGUGGUGCACGCGGUGGCGACGGGCGCGACGGGCAAGCUGUGCGUCACGCACCGCUACGGCCAGCUGCGCGCGCCGCUGCACGCCUCGCGCUGGGACGCGGCGCGGGCGCGAGCCGACAUCGCAGCGAGCAUCUUGCACCAACUGGGAUUGGAGAACGCUGAGUACCUGAUGGCGGUAUCCCAGGGUCUGGUGAUGGGUGCUAGUGCAUCAGAACGCGCGGUGGGCUCCCGUGCGGUAGUCCUUCGUGCUGACGGUGUCGUCAACAGCGCGGUGUCGUGGGAACGGUAUGCAGCUGAGCCUGUUGCAGUGAAAUCUCCAGAGCGUGAAAAACCCCUGGAUACGGAGUAUCCGUGGUUCGUCUCAGCUCACGAGGUGGACACGCUGCGAUCGCCAAAGUUCAUGCCGUCUCCGCCCGAUGCGACCAUGGAAGGGUGGUGGACGUACCCCUAUUACAGCUGCGAGGCGAAGCGUUGGCUCAUGUCGUAUACUGUCCCGGUGUCUACUGUAAGGGGGUUCAAAGGCGUAGUAUCAUUGGACGUAGAUAUAUCGAGCUUAGAGAUCAACCAAUGCGAAGACUACAGCGACGAACAAAAUGACAACCAGAUUUAUUCCUUCCACGGCACACACAAAUGUCCCAACGAAACUACAUACUGUUCGUACCGCGCGAACCGCGACGCCGGUCGGCACGCGGGGUGGGCGCGCGGCGCGUACGUGUGCAAGUGCCGGCCGGGGUACUACUCGCCCACACAUCCGGAGGGAUUCAACGGCUCGCUAGUCGAAGUUGCAUAUCAAGAGUGGGAGGAGGGCGGGGCCGCGAGGUGGAGCGCGGCGUACUCGUGCGUGCCGUGCGCGCCCGGCUGCGACGCCUGCCGCGGCCCCGAGCCCUGUCUCGCUACUUACAACUGGCCCUUCCGGAUAUCUCUGCUGGUGAUCUCAGUGAGCUGCGCAGCGCUGACGGUGGUGUUGACCAUCUACACGCGCCACCACCGCCGCGUUAAAGUGUUCCGCGUCGCCAGCCCCGUCUUCCUCUCCAUCACGCUGCUCGGCUGCGCCAUCAUGUACCUCGAGAUGGCAGCGAUAUUUCCCGUUCUGGACCGUUACUCGUGUAUCGCCACCAAAUGGACUCGGCACAUGGGAUUCUGCAUCACAUACACCGCACUACUCAUGAAGACAUGGAGAGUAUCACUAACAUAUCGCGUGAAGUCAGCCCACAAGCUGAAGCUGACGGACAAGCAGCUGCUGCAGUGGAUGGCGCCGAUCCUCCUCAUCAUGCUCGUCUACCUCGGCACCUGGACGCUCUCCGCCCCGCCUGACGCUGAAGUGAUAACUGAUAAUUUGGGACUAAAAUUUAAACAAUGCACCUACAAUUGGUGGGACCACAGUUUAGCCAUUGGUGAAAUCCUGUUCCUGCUGUGGGGUGUACGCGUGUGUUACCGCGUGCGUCACGCCGAGAGUCUGUACAAUGAGGCGCGACUCAUCUCCAUCGCGAUAUACAACAUAUUCACCGUCAAUUCGCUGAUGAUCGCUUUCCACUUGCUAAUUCUGCCGCAAGCGGGGCCGGACAUCAAGUAUCUGCUGGGCUUCAUCAGGACACAGCUGUCCACUACUACUACCGUACUACUGGUGUUUUUACCCAAGGUACUACGCGUGGUGCGCGGCACGGGCGACACGUGGGACAGUCGUGCGCGCGCCCGCGGCGUGCCAGCCUCGUCCUCGCUCAACGGCAUCGGCCUCGUGCCCGACGAGCCCCCGGACCUCUACCAGGAGAAUGACGAGCUCAAGGAGGAGAUCCAGAAGUUGGCGGCCCAGAUCGAGUUCAUGAAGAUAGUCCAGAUGGAGAUGAACAACCGGCACCUGCGGCCGCGGCCGGGCGGGUACUUCACCGCCGUCACCACCGCGCCGCAGAGCCCCAUGCACGCCAAGACCGCCUCGCAGGAGACCGAGUGGUCGGGGCGGGUGUGACUGGUGGCGGUGUGCGACAGCGGCUGGUCGUGGCCGGGGCCGGCCGCGCGCCGCGUGCUCACCACCCUCGACCACCGCCCGCCGGCCUUCGUCUAGUUGCACGGUCAGAUCUGUACACAUCGAUCGGUGCGCGGUUCCUCCGAACACGAUGUGACACCAGGAGAGGGCGGGGUAUAAGUUCGGCAGCGAGUGUCCGCUACACACGGUAGCUUCCAACUGCACAGUUCGAUCUGUAGACAUCAGUGUAGUCCUUCAUUAGCCCUCAUUUGUAUGUUAUCUAUAGAUACCACUUAGUGCAGACCUAAGUUUUCUACUACAUCAGAUUACUAAAUAAGGGCUUAUUAAUUUCUUUGAAAAACCAGUCUUUAUCAAUUCAUAAUACUUAUUCAGUUCUACAUCUUAAAAACUAGACCAUCCGAACGAUCUACUGUAUGUCUACUGCAGCCGAACUGCGCUGUUCUAUUGUAACGUGUGUAGCGGACUAAUUAUUAUGAUUAGCCGACUCCUACAAGGAGAUUAUUUUGGACUAUAAUUUUAUUGAUGGCAAGGGCAACUAUACCUAUAAGAGAAUAUAACGGUAGCAGAACGCUUACAAUUGCGUACUUACAUUAUUUCUACUUGUCUCUUUUACACGCUCUGUGACCGAGGUAUAGACACAAUUUCUAAAGGCAAUGACAUCAGUACAACUACUUUCUUAAUGUCAUCGGCCUCUGUUAACUAAUUAAUUAUAAUAUGAAUUAACUACACUAUGAUGUAGCAAAAGACUCGCUUGCUAUCAUCUUGUGCUAUAGUUAAUAUUAUAUCAAACAAAUAACGACGAACGAUUAGCGAGGGGCUAAACUCAAACUCUACUUAAAGCCUUUAGUCUCAAUUUUCUUUGUAUUAAAGCUUAAGGUCGGACUCAAAUACAUUUAAUGAUUAUUUAACUUAAAUGUAGUUGAUGUUUGACAGAAAAUGUAUUAGAAUAAGUCAAAAUAUCAAAACAAAGGGGUCCUUUGGACUCAUAUGGCGAUAUUUACUUCUAAAUAUCUCGGA